AUGGACCAGGCUAAAGCAGAGAAGAGCGCGUCAAAUACUGCAGUAGACGAUUUUUCUGAUGAUGUUGACGGUGUAAACUUCACCAAAGUCACCACCCCAGUGCGAAAUCCAAAUCUGCAAAAUCAGGACUAUUUGGAUAGCCGUUUCAAAGAGUAUGUUUUUGUCGGGUUUUGCAUGCUCUCGCAGCUGCUAAAUCAGGCCGCAAUGACGCAGGCAAAUCCCAUGUUCAAUGUAAUCUCGCGCGACAUGCAUUCUGGCGUAUCCCAGCAGACUUGGCUCAUGGCGGCAUUUCCGUUGGUUUCGGGAUCAUUUAUUCUGAUCAGUGGAAAGAUUGGUGACAUCUACGGCCUCAAGAAAACCCUGAUCGCUGGCUAUAUCACUGUCAUUAUCUGGUCCUCGAUCUGCGGUCUGAGUUCAUAUGCGCAUAAUGUGAACUUCUUCAUCGUUUCUCGAGCAUUUCAAGGACUGGGUAUCGCCUUUAUCCUUCCAAACGUCAUGGGCACCGUUGGUAACAUAUAUGUUCCCAAUACAAAAGCCAAAAAUAUGAUUUUCAGUUUGAUCGGUGCAUGCGCCCCCAUCGGAGCAACCCUGGGAUGCGUUUUUUCGGGGUUAAUCGCCCAAGAGUCUAAAGUCUGGGCAUGGGCGUUUUACGCCUAUACUAUCACAGCAGCUUUGAAUUUGUGCGUUGCAGUUUGGAUUAUCCCAAACAAUAUACCAACGAAUAUUCAUAAGUUCAAAAUGGACUGGUGGGGUGCAGCCUUGGGUGUGGCCGGACUCAUACUACUAAACUUUGUAUGGAACCAAGCUCCGAUUGAUGGUUGGAACAAAGCAUACAUCAUAGUUCUGCUGGUUGUUUCCUUGAUCGUUCUUGUGGCUUUCUUUCUCUUCGAAGUCAAGGUUGCCAAGGAACCACUCCUUCCACGCGCCGUAAUGCAUAAUCGCCGGAUUUUGAUGAUUUUGGCUUCUUUGUUUCUUGGCUGGGGCUCGUUUGGUAUUUGGACAUUCUAUUACAUGUGUUUUGUUCUAAACCUCAGGCAUUAUUCGCCGCUCUGGGCAGGAGGCACAUAUUUCAUGUUUGUUAUAUGGGGAAUUGUGGCAGCUCUACUAGUGGGAUACACGCUUCAUAUAUGUGGACCAGCCGUUCUCUUGUUUAUAUCCAUGAUCGCUUUUGACUGCGGAUGUAUCAUGCUGGCGGUCACACCUGUCAACCAAACCUAUUUCCGAAUGACUUUGGGAAUAAUGACAAUUUUGAGCUUCGGAAUGGACUUGUCAUUCCCAGCAUCAUCUAUCAUAUUGAGUGAUGAAUUACCGAGCCAAUAUCAAGGCAUGGCUGGAUCACUUGUGAGUACAAUGGUGAGCUAUUCGAGCUCCAUGUGUCUGGGAAUAGGCACAACAGCCGAGCACUACGUUAACAAGAGUGGCACGGAACUCCUCGAGGGUUACAGAGCAGCGCUUUAUGUUGGUAUUGGCCUUUCAAGUCUUGCGGUUAUCAACAGCGGGAUAUAUAUGAUUGAGGAAUGGUGGUUGAAGCGCAAGGAAAGGCUUGCCAAAGACCUUAAGAAUAGUACUCUACUGGAGUAG